ACAUUGCUAACAGAUUCCCUGUUGUGACCGAUUGAGUGGAGCUACGUGUUUUCCUGAGCUAACAACGAUUACAGCUCCUCCGCCCUUGGUUCCGGCCGCAACGCUCUGUAACCAUCACCGCCGGCGACCACCAUCUUCAUUGACGGUACAUUUCCCCACCAUUGUCGUUGACUACGCACUGCCCCGUAGGCUUUUUCGUGUUCAUAUCUAGAUUGCCAUCUCAAUCUCUCUUUGUGUUAAUUUAAGAUCGCCGGAUGCAUACUAGGAUUUUAUAGGUUUUGCCAAUUGAACCUGUUCCUGUGAUCUCUUUCGAUGCUGGGAAAUCAAGUAAAACUGGAUUGAACCUUUGCCAUGUCUUCUGAUGUGUUGUCAUCUUGACUUCCAUAGCAGACAGACAGGGCUGAUUCUAUUAUUGAUUCCAAAUAUGUUAGAGCAGUUACUGAUAUUUACAAGAGGGGGACUAAUUCUCUGGACAUUUAAAGAGCUCGGAAAUGUUCUUAGAGGCUCACCUGUUAACACCUUAAUUCAAUCCUGCCUAUUGGAGGAACGUUCAGGUGCUGCAUCAUAUAAUUAUGAUGCCCCGGGUGCUGCAUAUACACUGAAAUGGACAUUUCACAAUGAACUGGGCCUCGUCUUUGUUGCUGUGUAUCAGCGGAUUCUCCAUCUCAUGUAUGUGGACGAUCUGCUUGCUAUGGUUAAGCAAGAAUUCUCUGAGAUAUACGAUCCAAAGCGGAUGGUAUACGAUGAUUUUGACGAUGUAUUUCGGCAGCUGAGGAAGGAGGCUGAGGCUAGGGCCGAAGAAAUGAAGAAACCAAAGCAAGACAAUCUGCCUACAAAUAAUAACAUUGCUAGGAUACAGGGGCAGUUGCAGAAGUCCGGACUUCAAGGAGGCAAUAACAAAAAAAGCAGCAGUGAAUCUGGGAAUGAUGGCGGGGAUAAUGAAAAAAUAAAUGGUCACAGAACAAAAAAGGGUCAUGCCAAUAGCAACCAUGUUGCAACUAAUGGUGCACAGGAAAUUGAUGUUCACAGCAAAGAAAAUGGGAGCUCCACCAACACUGGGGCUUUCAAUGUAAAUAAGCUACAGAAACUAAAAGCUAAAGGUGGGAAGAAAACUGACACUGUUGUUAAAAAUAAUUCGAAAGCAGAGCCAAAGAAAAAAAUAACAAAAAAGAAUAGAGUUUGGGAUGAUUCGCCUUCAGAAUCAAAAUUGGAUUUUACAGAUCCAAUGAAUGAGAAUGGGGAUGAGAAUAUAGCAGUUGUGGCAGCAAAGGAAGGUGAGAGUAUGAUGGACAAAGAUGAGACUAUUAGUAGUGAAAGCGAAACUGAAGAAGAGGAGGCAGCAGGUAUGGACGGUAAGAGUGAAACAAAGAAGAAAGGGUGGUUUUCUUCCAUGUUUCAGAGUGUUGCUGGGAAAUCUAAUCUGGAGAAGACAGAUCUAGAACCAGCUUUGAAAGCUCUCAAGGACAGACUUACGACCAAGAAUGUGGCUGAGGAGAUAGCUGAAAAACUCUGUGAAUCUGUGGCAGCAAGCUUGGAGGGUAAAAAGCUGGCUUCUUUUACAAGGAUAUCCUCCACAGUGCAGGCAGCAAUGGAAGAGGCCCUUGUCCGCAUUUUAACUCCUAGACGUUCAAUUGACAUUUUGAGAGACGUACAUGCUGCCAAAGAGCAAAGGAAACCAUAUGUUGUGGUUUUUGUUGGAGUUAAUGGAGUUGGAAAGUCUACAAAUCUUGCCAAGGUUGCUUACUGGCUUCUGCAGCAUAACAUCAAGGUCAUGAUGGCUGCCUGUGAUACCUUCCGGUCUGGAGCUGUUGAGCAGCUGCGGACUCAUGCAAGAAGACUCCAGAUCCCCACUUUUGAGAAAGGUUACGAGAAAGAUCCUGCUAUUGUAGCAAAGGAAGCAAUUCAAGAGGCCACUCGGAAUGGUUCAGAUGUGGUUCUUGUUGAUACAGCUGGCCGAAUGCAGGAUAAUGAACCAUUGAUGAGAGCACUGUCAAAGCUUAUCUACCUCAACAAUCCAGAUCUUGUCCUGUUUGUGGGGGAGGCACUGGUUGGUAACGAUGCCGUGGAUCAGUUGUCAAAGUUCAAUCAGAGAUUGGCAGACCUUUCAACUUCUCCAAAUCCCAGGUUGAUCGAUGGAAUCCUGCUCACUAAAUUUGAUACCAUCGACGACAAGGUUGGAGCAGCACUGUCAAUGGUAUACAUAUCAGGAGCACCAGUAAUGUUUGUUGGUUGCGGACAAUCUUAUACAGACCUCAAGAAGCUCCAUGUCAAGUCCAUUGUCAAAACACUCCUCAAAUGAGAAUUUUGUUUCUAAUAGCCUUUCAUCUGUCCUGUCAUCCUUAUUGUCUGUUGAGUGGAAGAUACAUGAUUCUCACUGACUCUUGUAUAUGCUACUCUUGUCCCCAUCUGAUCCCAUUGUCUUGAUUCUGGAGGUGAACUAUUAUUAGUUUGAUUGCCCCAGCAAAGCACACCUCGUGUCUAAUCUACUGUAUUUGGUUUGUUUUACAUCUCAUACUCUUGCUCAUAAUGGGGGUGGCAAACGAAAUUACCAGUUUGAGUUGCA